CACUCUUCUCACCUAUGCCAUGGCAUAAAUAUAGACUACAUGACAAGUGAUCGCGGGAGUCGACCGUGGCUUAGACAAUCAUGCGGGCCCGCAAACUGCCUUGCACCAACACGAUGACCAGGUACUGGACUUUUUGCGUCGCAGAGUCAGACGCGAUGCUCAUCUGAAGCUCGAGGCCGUCCUCGUGUUUCGAUUUAGAGGCUACGAGCCUUUGCAUAGGUACAUCCAAUUGUUCAUGUCCUCAAUCGUGGCGCGUUUAGCCGCCUGGCUAUUUGCACCACGCAGGUGUGUAGGCUGGACUAUGAGCCCCCACCACCACGCAACGAGCUCGUCAGAGUCCGUAGGUACCUACAACAGGGAACUCCUCCGUUGAUAGCCCUGCCAUCUCACCUCUUAGCUUUUCUGCUACGAAACCUUCUACGAACAAGAUCAACCUGGCCACAGACAAAAGCAACAACAGACCGCCGCAGCGGCCAAACGGCCGAACAUGAGUUUUGGCUGGUCCGUCACAGAUGUCGUGAAGCUCGUUGAGCUAAGCGCCAAAGUGUACAUGGCAUUCAAUGAUGCUAGUAAGAACUCUACCGUGCAAGUACAGGCCCUCGUUCGAGAGCUCAAAAACUUCAACACUUCAUUGUCCCUUCUUCAGAAUCUGCUGGAAAAGUAUGGCAAAUGCGUGCCCUUGGUGUUUGCCGACUUCGAGAAGACCCUCAAGGAGUGCGAGACCUUUAUCAAACCCUAUGUGGAUGCUUUGAUCGACCGUGGGAAGUCUGUCAAUAAAGGCUAUCACACAAUCGCCUUCGCGUGGAAGGAUAAAGACGUCGAACGAUUUCGGGCGCAGAUCCAUGGCCACGUGCAAGCGCUUCUAAUACAUACCCAAUAUCUCAAUCUACAACUCACACUCGAGGCUCAGCAUCUGCAGCCGCCUGAACGGACACUCCCAAUCCCCAUCAGGCAUGGAAGACUAUCAGCAAGCUCCAUCAAUCAAACAAGAGGACUUGCGCAGACAGAAACCUCUGAUCCACUAUUACUACAGGACGAAUCUAAUAGACUCAAGGACUUCCUCGAGGACAUCAUCGCUAACAAAGCUCAACCAGCGGCGGUGAGGGGUCUCGGAAUCGCCCAGCCACGUUUGGCCGUAUCAGUCGAUCUCGAUGUAUUGCUGAAACUCAAAGACGAUAUCAGUGACGUUCUCGAGAGAGCUGAAAAUCGAAACAAGAGAAUUGCUUUCGAGCAGAUCAACCAUGACAAGCACUCUACCUAUGGUAGCCCAGGAAAGAUGACUAUCUUGGAAACGCCCGAAGGCUCGCCGAUCCCUGGUAUCCAAAUCGAUGAUCCCGCAGAAGCCAAAGACAUAUGGACGCAUCUACCACCCAGGGCACUCAAAGAGCCGAGCCGCGCGGGUACAGCAAGAACGGUCGACAGUGGCAUUGACUUAGAGUCUGUAUAUGAUGAAUACGAAGCAUCGAGUAGUGGUUCCGUAUCUGCGCCCGUUUUCCGCAACCCGUGGGAGGAGUCUAGUAGUAUGUCACCGACAAGGCCGCGCCCAGAAUCAGUCUCAUCUGUACGGACAGUGAGCACCAUCUCGACUGGAAGAACUUCCUGGAGAGCAUCACAUGGCUCUGCAUACGCUGUCACACCCGGUAUCACACCUUUAUCCACUCCUAGCGCCGGCGAAAUGCUUGUAGGAUCCCAUACAAGCCCGACGACUGGAAUGGUACCUCUAGACUUACCUCCAUCAUCUUUCGUCUGGCAACUGGCAAGCGAUACUGCGGAGCUCGAGUACCUUGUUGACAAGACCUGGCGGAAACCGGUACCAUGUACGGUCAGUUUCUGUCGACGACAGGAUGGUGGAUUAUCAUUACGAGCAACACUAAAGACCGAUAAAGGUGGAUCCGUCUAUCAGCAUCUCCCUCCCCAAAACAGUCCAAUACCUCUAGCGAUGCAUGGUGUCGUUCGCAACCAACCUAAGACCUACAUAACUUUUCCACAAGGUCCUCGUGGAACCUACAGACCACCUUCAAUCAAGGAUAUGAAGCUAACGUUUUCGACUACUGAAGACUGCAAGCUACUACAAAAGGAAAUGUAUCACAAUCAGGAGCUCGUAUACUCUCGUAACGUUCGCUUAGUCGAGUCAAACAAGCAGGUAGAGGAGUGCCGCAACACUAGCGUCAGACUCUUUCGGGACGGACCGUAUCUGACUCUGCUUUUGUAUACGAACAGAAGAGACAAGCCCAUUUGGAUUGAAGAAUAUCACGUCGCUUUCGAGCGGUUAUCGUCUUCGACAUUGAGAAAAUCCUCGAGUAAAGAUGUCAAGUUGGUGUUCAGCAAGAAUGCGGCAGAGCACGCAGGGGGCAAACUACUUCGAAGACUGAGUAGUAUGUCCUCUCAAGAGCGCCCGCAAGUACGACGAAGUCCAACUACAUCAUCUGGAGAAUCAUCGAUUACCGUAUCGAAAGGCUUCCCCAUGAACCAGCAUAAGCUUAAUUGGAUCGAGAUUCAUUUUGAUACAGCCGGAGACCGCAAUGAGUUUGUCAGAAUAUGGAACGACAAUUUCGAGGUUAUCAUUUGAGGAGGUGCGAGAGUGUGGCUCGUAUACAAUGUACUAUAUACACAUUGGGCGGUAUCGUCGUACACACGUCGCAAAAUCAGGAGCCUGGAAAGUACCUAGUCCCCACCCCCAAAGACUUCUGUCGAGAUACCGAGUGAUGAGUACGUGGGUGCAGAGCAGACAUGGACUCAUGUUUCCACGGCGCUGUAGCCUUGCUUCAGGUUCAGCUGAUAUUCCCUCUGUUCUUCGUCGAUUAAUCG